GAAAACAAUAACAAACGAACGAUCGGCGGCAGAUGCCAGAAGAAAAGAAGUGUUUACUAUCACUCUUCUGCCAAGAAAUGUUUGAUUUUUAGGUUCUAAAAUAGAAUUUGAAACUCUAAGUAAGAUAAAGGGCCUUGUGAAAAGAAUCCUCUGGCUGCCAUAUUGCAGUCAUCAGCAACUUUUUCCCUUGAGAAUUUUUCGUCUAAAAAGGAGCUGUGAUGAAGUGCCACAUUCCCAGCGCCAAUGUCAAGGUUUUGGGCAAGGCCAUCCAAACCUUGUCUCGAAUCGGUGAUGAGCUCUACAUCCAACCCCAUGCAGACGGAAUUUAUUUCCGGACCGUAGACGCGCAGAGAUCAGCGUUUGCUACAUUCGACUUUCAUCGAAGCUUUUUCCUCCACUACUCCAGCAGCAGUAAUCAAGCCUCUUCGAGUCAGAGCCAGGCUCAACCAGAAAUUUGCAAAGUUGCCAUGAAGUCCUGCUUGUCAGUGUUUCGAACGCAGAACAUUAAUGUCGAAAUGUGCAAACUGUUUUUUUCCAACAAUGGUAGAAUGCUCGUUUUUCAACUCGUAUGUCGGCACAGCAUUUGCAAAACGCAUCACGUGCCCGUCAUUCAGACUGAAACGCUGCAGGCGAAUUACAACAAGUCGACAGCCAGAAAUAAGUUGAUCACGCAAAGCAAGUUGCUGAUUGACGCUUUGCAGAACUUCAGGAAUAACCAGGACGAAAUCACAAUUUCGGUUGCUGCCUCGAAGAUGAUCUUGAGAAAUUUCACAGAAACAGGAGAGUUCAUGAGGAACACUGUCCGGACAGAGUUUGCCUUGGAGUCGACUGAAUUUGAUUCCUUGCAAAUUGGAGUUGACGCGACAAUCACGUUCAAUCUGAAAGAACUGAGGGCGCUAUUAAGUUUUGCAGAGGCGUGUAGCCUUCCAGUAUCAGGACACUUUGACAACACCCCAGGAAGACCUAUUAUAUUUUGCGUGAAUAAUCAACCCGCAUUUGACGCUGAGAUUGUUCUGGCAACCAUGUCAAGCAACGACACUACCGCAUUUUCCCAAUCACAAAGCAUGACCAGUCAAAGGAGUGUCAACGAUAGUGUGCUACGAAAAAGGCCUUCAACCUCCAUUGAUCCAAGUCAAAGUACUCAAAAGCGACCCACUCCCGCUGCACCAACUACACCUCAGCAACCUGUGCUAUCUCAGCCGCCGAUCACACCUCAAAUUCACACAGAAAUUGAAGAAAUCCAGCAGCUGCAUUGGGAGGACGAUGAGGAGGAGGUUGGAACUCCGCCAGAACUACGAGCACAAAAGUUUUACUUCCCUAGGUGUUUUAAGGACUCAACAGACUCUAUGAAUACCACACAAGCGGAUGCAGUUGUUCUUGCUUACGACAGUGAUGGUGAAAGUGGGAAGUGAAAAAACGUUGAAGGGCAAGAAAAUGCUGGAUUUUGAACCGCUCUCUGUGAUAAAACAGUGUCUCAUUAUGAAUAAUAUAUGAAAAAUGAAUCAAUAUUUUAUUCAAUGCGAAAUAUAAUUAAAUUGUCCCUGCUCAAGACUAA